AUGAUGAACAAAAUAUUCCAAGACCUUCUGGAUGUCUAUGUCAUUAUAUACCUGGACAAUAUUUUAGUUUUUUCCCUGAAUGAAAAAGAUCAUGAAGCACAUGUGCAAGAAGUACUUAGGAGGCUACAGGACAAUGAUCUUUUCUGCAACAUUGAAAAAUGCCAUUUCCACACCAAGAAAAUAGAUUACCUAGGGUUCAUCAUAUUGGAGUUUGGCAUAGAAGUUGAUCAGUCUAAAGUCACAGAUGCAAUGAAUUGGUCAACACCUAAAAAUGUCAAAAAUAUCCAGGAAUUCUUAGGAUUUGUGAACUUUUAUAGACAAUUCAUCCCCAACUUUGGCAAUAUGGCACGACCCUUGUACAACCUGCUCAAGAAAGAUAGUGUUUGGAGAUGGGACUUGGCAGAACAACAGUCUUUUGACGGCCUGAAAAAAUGUCUUACGUCAGCACCAUUGCUUCUACAACCGGAUACAACAAAACAAUUCUAUGUGGAAUGCGACGCAUCUGAUUAUGCAACAGGAGCCAUACUAUCCCAACGCAAUUCUGAGGGAAAAUUGGCCCCUGUGGCAUACCUGUCAAAAUCCUUGUCCCCAGCUGAAAAGAACUACAAUAUUUUUGACAAGGAAUUACUAGCAGUCAUUAGGGCAUUUAAGGAAUGGCGCCAUUUACUGGAAGGAUCAGAGUUACCAGUCCAAGUUCUAACAGAUCAUAAGAAUUUGGAGUAUUUCUCUACGUCACAAUCCCUGAACAAACACUACAACUUCCAGAUUAUCUACAGGCCUGGGGCACAGAAUAAAAAGGCGGAUAUCCUUUCUCAACGCUAUGAUUUGGUACCCCUUGAAGGGGGGGUAGAGAACCAGGUUCUCCUGAAACCGGAACUUUUUAUUGCAUCUAUUACUCCAGAUCAAGAGAUCAAUGACCUAAUCGGCAAAGCUAUUUACAAGGAUGACCAACUGAAAGAAAUUCUGCACAAACUCCAGAACAAGGAAAAGAUCUUGGAUUGGGAAUUGAAAGAAGGGUUACUAUGGUAUCAGGGAAAAAUCUUUGUACCCAAAGACAAUACCAUUAGGAACCUUAUUUUAGAAUCUAGGCAUGACGCCUUGGCAGCGGGACACCCAGGACAAGCCAGGACAUUAGAACUUAUUUCUAGGAGUUAUUACUGGCCAUUGCUGAAAAAGUUUGUCAAUUCUUAUGUCAGUCACUGCAAAACCUGUAUCAGGUCCAAACCAACAAAUCAAGUACCUGUAGGACUGCUAAAGCCAUUGCAAAUCCCUGAACGUCCCUGGGAAGAUAUAGCCUACAACAUGAUUGUAGGAUUACCGGUUUCAGAAGGCUUUGAUGCCAUCCUUACUGUCAUUGAUCAAUUCUCAAAAAUGGUUCACUUUAUUCCUACCCAAUCCACAGCGUUGGCUAUUGACAUUGCCAACUUAUUCAUUACAUACAUCUGGAAAUUACAUGGCCUUCCCAGGAGUACAGUUUCAGAUAGAGGUCCUACAUUUAAUGCCAAGUUUAUGCGUCAUCUAUAUCACUGA